AUGGUUUUGCGGGGUGUUGCCACGGGAAGGCUGACGGUCGUUCUCGUUGUCGUGGUGGCAUCUUGUCUGGGAUGUGAUGGGAGGGGUUGUCACGACAACGAGCGGAGGGCUUUGCUCGAGAUCAAGAAUGUUUUCAACCCCUUGAAUGGCUCGCUCAUGUCACACUGGGGGGACUCAAUAACAGAACAGGUAAAAGACUGCUGCCACUGGCCUGGUAUAACUUGCAACCCCAGCACCGGUCACGUGGUCGAGCUCCAGUUGAACAGCAACCGUUGGAGUGAUGUGGAGGGAACAUGGCACCCAAACCUCACCAUGUUGGCGGAGUUUGGGCAGCUAGAGAGCUUGAAUCUGCGGGUGAAUCAGAUAGGCGGUGGCAUUCCAGAGGGUGAGUAA